CUAUAAAUUUGUCAUCAAUCUUGUUAACAACAACAUGUAGACCUGAACCAUCUCACCUCCCAAAGACCAAACAUCCCCAAAAAUCAUGGUUUCUUCCUUAUUGCUGUCCAGCCAGCCUAUUUUAAUGGUCGGCUUCCUCUUCUUGCUCCUCUUAGUUGACACCACUCCAUUUCACGGAGCAAGCGAUCUUGCUUCCUCCACUUCCUUUUUCACCAUCAACAUGACCGAGAGUAAGGAUGAAGUAGAGGCUCUCCUGAAUUGGAAAUCUACUCUUGACAACCAUAGCUAGUCUCUCCUCUCUUCAUGGAACAGCAACAAUCCUUGCAGCUUUAGUGGUGUCACUUGCGACAACUCCGGAGCUCUCAAUAGUCUGAAUCUUUCCAAUCUUGAUUUGAGAGGAACUCUAGACAGCCUUGACUUCUCGCGCUUAACCAAUUUGGUUAGCUUUGUACUUCCCUACAACUCGAUCUAUGGCUCCAUCCCCUCAAGUAUUGGUAACCUUUCCAAACUCAACUUUCUUGAUCUUUACUCUAAUGAACUGUCCGGGAACAUUCCUCCAAGUAUAGGUAUGCUAAAGAGUCUUCAAUAUCUUUACCUAAGUACAAACAACCUGAGUGGACACAUCCCUCAGGAGAUUGGGCAGUUGGAUUCUCUUUUGGAACUUGGCCUUUCCGAAAUCAACUUUCCGGGUCCAUUCCUACAUCUAUCGGAAAAUUAGGCAAUUUAACUAUAUUAGUUAUUAGGCACAAUAACAUUUCCGGUUCCAUUCCGAGAGAGAUUAGUAACUUGAGGAAUUUAGAAUAUUUUUAUUUAUAUAGAAAUAGAUUAUCAGGAUCCAUCCCUUGGGAAAUAGGAAGGCUCACUUCUCUUAUAAAAUUACAAAUAUUUAGUAAUAGUUUGACCGGUCCAAUCCCUGCAUCAAUUGGAAACUUGUCCAAUCUAAUCGAUUUAAACCUCGGUGACAACAAAUUCUUCAGCUCCUUGCCUUCUGAAUUUAAUAAGUUAACACAUUUGACACAUUUGAAUCUAUAUGAGAAUGAGCUAGAGGGGGAACUUCCAAAAGAUGUAUGCCUUGGGGGAUCAUUGCAAUAUUUAGCCAUCGUUAAUAAUCAUUUCACAGGUCCUAUACCAAAAAGUUUGAGGAAUUGUACUUCAUUAUUUAGAGUGAGGCUAGAAAGAAACCAACUUACUGGAAACAUAACCGAAGCUUUCGGAAUAUAUCCGCAUCUAAAUUAUAUGGACUUAAGCCACAAUCAUUUGAACGGCAAACUUUCAUGGAAAUGGGAGCAUUGUCAUAAUUUGACAAGCUUCAAGAUAUCAAACAACAAUAUUUCUGGUGAGAUACCUGCUACAUUUGGAAGGAUGGUUCAAUUACAGCGACUAGACCUUUCUUUGAAUAAUCUAAAUGGAGAGAUUCCGGGGGAAAUGGGAAACCUAUCGAUGUUGUCAGAACUCGAUCUAAGUAACAAUGGGAUCACGGGAAAUGUCCCGACUGAGAUUGGACUUUUAUCCCACUUGGAACAUCUAAACUUGGCAUCAAACAAUUUAAGUGGAUCGAUUCCAGCUCAACUAGGCUCAUGCAUGCGCUUGCAGAAUUUAAAUUUGAGCAUAAACAAAUUCCAGAGAAGCAUUCCUCCUCAGAUUGGCAACACACAAGUACUUGAGGUUCUUGAUUUGAGUUAUAAUAAUUUGUCUGGAAAUAUACCAGGAGAGCUUGCAAAAUUGAGAAACUUGCAAAUUCUAAAUAUCUCCCACAAUAGCAUGUUUGGUUCCAUUCCCCUUACUUUUGGUGGUAUGCUAGCCUUGACUUCUAUUGAUGUGUCCUACAAUUACCUAGAAGGUCCUCUCCCAAAUAUCAAGGCUUUCAAUGAGGCUCCAUUUGAGGCAAUACAGCAUAACAAAGGGCUUUGUGGAAAUGUUUCGGGCUUACCGAAAUGCAAUUCUAUCAGGAGUAAGAAAUGCAAUCGAUGCGUUGGAGCUAGAACCAUAGUUAUCCUCAUUCUCUCGUUCUUGGGGUUUGUCCUUCUCUCUUGCACCUUGAUCAUUUUUAUAAUCAUCAAUCAUCGUCGAAGAAGGAUUAUCAAGAGAGACGACAAUGAAUGGGCAAAUGAUUUGGAUUUCAUGCGUAUUUUGAGCUAUGAUGGCAAAGUUUUCUAUGACCAAAUUGUCAAGGCCACGGAAGGAUUUGACUUCAAGUAUUAUGUGGGUGAAGGAGCAUAUGGAAUUGUAUAUAAAGUUGAGAUAUCAGAAGGUCAAACAGUUGCUGUCAAAAAAAUUUCUCCAUCCCUGGAAGACGAUGAAAUUAUUGAUUUGAUAUCAUUUGAAAGGGAAAUUCAAGCCUUAACAAACUUACGCCAUCGCAACAUCGUGAAAUUUCAUGGAUUCUGCUCUCAUGUCAAACAAUGUUUUUUGGUGUAUGAGUACAUGGAAAGAGGAAGCCUGAGAACAACUUUGAACAAUGAUGAAAGAGCGAAAGAAUUUCAAUGGGACAAGAGGGUAAAUAUGGUCCGAGGAGUUGCGGAUGCAUUGUCCUAUAUGCAUCAUGAAUGUUCACCUCCAUUGAUUCAUCGAGACUUGACUAGUAACAACAUUCUAUUGGAUUGUGAUUAUGAGGCUCAUGUUUCUGAUUUUGGCACCACAAGGUUGUUGAGGCCAGAUUCAUCAAAUUGGACUAUUAUUGCGGCACCAUUGGGUAUAUCGCUCCGGAGUUGGCUUAUUCUACAAUUCCUACGGAAAAGUGCGAUGUGUAUAGCUUUGGAGUUGUUGCACUAGAGACAAUCAUGGGAAAGCAUCCAGGAAAUCAUGUCUCUGGGGAAUGUUCAUCGUCUGCCCAGAUUGAGUCUUCAAUGAUGUUGAAGGAUGUGCUAGAUCAACGUCUCUUGCCUUCUAGACUUAGUCUUCGAGAUGAGCAAGACGUGAUCUUGAUUGCCAAGCUAGCAUUUGCGUGCCUACAAGGGGAUCCACGACUGCGACCAAGCAUGGGACAAGUCUCACGUGAGCUUCACGUUCAAGUACCCUCGGAGACGCCGCUCUCUACAGUUAGCUUAGAGCAACUUCGCAAUCUCAGUGUCGGGAAAUUUGGAGCAUUCACAGGGGAUGGUAAGGUUUAAAUUUACUUUUCAUGUGUUAUUUUGUUUGGUUCAUUAUAAUGAUGACAAUCGCCUUUAAUAUCUUCUUAGUUCUCACGUAUCCCAACCGUGUGAUUUAUGAUUUUCACUACAGAGCCGGCUUCUCUUUGAACAUUACGGGAAUAGUGCCGUGUUUAUUGUUUGGAGUCGUGGCACCAGAAAUAACGACGGGAAGGCUUCUGGGGAGAUCUCAUUUUAUUUCUGAAUGUUUGCAGCGCAAUCAAGAAGUAAAUCUGCAAAGUGCAUUGGAUGAACAUCUAUUGCCUUCUUUUAAUUGAGAUAUAAAGAACAUGUAGUUUCUGCUUUUAGAAGAGAUAAUGAUACUAGUUAUCUGUGAAAUUUUAUCAGAGUGCCGUGUCAUACUUGAACUCUCAUUUAGUUCAAUUAAGUCAA